CCUCGAUCAACAUCCGGGAAACACUGCACUGGUUCAGCAGCCAUGUAGCUACUCAGCGAUUUCGGUAUUUGCUAUCAUGAUUGAAAAUUGCUAACACUGUUACAUUUCUCCUGUUGCAGAAGCUAUCACCUCCAAACACAGUUCCGAAAGAUCACGACGACACCUCUUCAAUCCAAUAUGCCAGCAAAGAACAUCCUCGUCCUCAACGGACCCAAUCUCAACCUUCUCGGAACCCGCGAGCCACAUAUCUAUGGCUCUGAGACCCUCUCUGAUGUCGAAUCAAAGUGCAAAGCCCAAGCAUCAGCUUCAGGCGCCUCCCUCUCCUUCUACCAAACAAACCACGAAGGCGCUCUCGUCGAUCGCAUCCAAGCUGCACGCACUGAAGGCGUCGAUGCCAUAGUGAUCAAUCCAGCGGCUUUCACACAUUAUAGCAUUGCGCUGAGAGAUGCCUUGCUGGCAGUGAGCAUACCGUUCGUGGAGGUACAUAUCUCGAAUAUACACAGCAGGGAGGAGUGGAGGAAUAAGAGCUGGUUGAGUGAUAAAGCCGUUGCUGUCAUUUGUGGAUUGGGAACUUUUGGUUACAAGGCGGCAGUGGAAUACUGUUUAGAGCAUAUCAAGGAGAAGUCGAAGCUGUGAGGAGUAGAGAGACACGAGGUAUAAUACGAGAUGCCAAAAGUUUGUUGAUAUACAAUCUAUAUUUGCU